AUGGCAUCAAGUGGAAAUUUGGAAUGGAGAGUGAAUAUGGGUGAUGGGACAACAGAGAUUCUAAGGCCAGAAGCCUCAAUUUUGGGGAAAAUAAUGUUGAGAAUCAAGGGUUUUAUUUGGGGAGCAUUGUUUGUGAAGCCUUGGAAAUUCUUGGAAAAGGCAUGGGGGAUAGCAAAUUCUGAGCCAAAGAAGGCUAUUCAUGGCCUUAAAGUGGGGCUAGCUCUCACCAUUGUCUCAAUCUUUUACUACAUGAGACCUUUGUAUGAAGGAGUUGGAGGAAAUGCCAUGUGGGCUAUUAUGACGGUUGUUGUCACUUUUGAAUCAACUGUGGGUGCAACCUUUUACAAAUGUGUAAAUAGAGUUAUAGGAACUUCUCUUGCUGGUUGUUUGGGCAUUGGUGUUCAUUGGAUUGCAGCUGAAUCUGGUGAUAAAUUUGAGCCAAUUAUUCUUGGGAUCUCUCUUUUUCUUCUAGCUUCAGCAACCACAUUCUCCCGGUUCAUACCAUCAGUGAAGUCGAGAUUCGACUACGGUGCCAUGAUCUUCGUCCUCACCUUCUGUUUAGUUUCGAUCUCGAGUUAUCGAGUGAAUAAGCUGUUCGAGCUUGCCCGGACCAGAAUCAGCACCAUUGCCAUUGGGACAUCACUGUGUAUUUUUGUGAGCAUGCUUUUCUGCCCCAUAUGGGCGGGCAGCCAGCUUCAGACCCUCACUGCCCGCAACUUGGAUAAGCUUGCCCAUUCCUUGGAUGGCUGUGUUUCUGAGUAUUUCGAAAAUGAUGAUACUCCAGAGAUGAAAAAUGAAGAACAAGAGAAUCAUAGUUCCAAAGUUGAAGGCUAUAAAUGUGUGCUCAAUUCCAAGGCAUCUGAGGAAUCUAUGGCUAACUUUGCAAGAUGGGAACCUGCACAUGGGCGUUUUGGGUUCCGACACCCAUGGAAGAAAUAUCUUGAAGUUGGAGGAGUAAUGCGCAAAUCUGCAUAUUGCAUUGAGGCCCUUCAUGGCUGCCUAAACUCAGAGAUUCAGGCACCCAACUCUUUAAAAUUGCAUUUGGCUGAGCCAUGCAAAGAACUAAGCAGCUCUUCUUCCAAAGUCUUAAAAGAGCUAUCUAUUGUAAUCAAGAAAAUGAAAAAAUCAACAAAGAUAGACUUUUUAGUGUCAGAUAUGAACAUUGCUCUUCAAGAACUUCAAAAUGCCAUAAAAUCACUUCCUCAAAUGGAAGUAUCGUUAUCGGAACAAGAGGAAAACAAUGAGAAAGCAACAAUAACUCCACCUCUAAUGGAGCUUCUUCCACUGGCAACAUUGGUAUCUCUUCUGAUAGAAACUACGUCGAGAAUUGAACAUGUCGUAAAUGCGGUCGAGACAUUAGCAAAUGUCGCUAAUUUUGAUUCGGAAGAGGAGAAGAAGAAGCCAUCUUUAGAUAACCAUGAUCAUAAUGUAGCCAUGAGGGUCUUUCCACAGGCCUGA